GCUGUGAUUGGUUAGUGAAGUCAGACCGCGAACAAUGGCGUGUAUUUUUGUAACUCUCUUUGCGACCAGCGGAUGGCGCUCCGGGCCAAAGAAAAGGAGAUGUUAAGGUGGUUGAGUCGGCUCAUCAAAGUUACGUUUCGGGACUGUAGGGACGUUGCUGAUAAGCAAUAAAGGCUCAUCCCGUCCAUAGAAAAGGCCAUGUACCCUGUAGACCUGCCAGCUGUGGAUCACACUGACCUGACAUCUGCAUCUGAACAGUACAUGUCCUCUCUGGAGUCCAGCCCCUGUGAUAAUGAGUGGUUUCAGUCAUCGCAGACCUCAAAGGUGGCAAUAACAGCAACAAAUGUGAGCCAGCUGCAGCUGUUUGAGGAUGGCCAGCCUGCCUGUGUAGUGCUGGCACUGCACCCUCCGGAUGAUCAAACACAAGUGGUUGGCCUAUACCUGCACGGGAAGUGGUGGCUUUUGGAUGACGUCUUGCGAACGUCAAGCAAAUCCAGAAGUGGUUUGGUGUCGGUGCAGUCUGUUAUGGAGAGGGUGAUUGUGUUUCUGCUCAGUCAGAUAAUGGAGAGACCUUCACUGUUCUCCCUACAUCCUCCCAAAGAGAGCUGCAAAGUGCUGUGGAAAGACAACCAGGCGGUUGGCUUUUACACCGUGAAGCACAAAGGGAGUCUGUGUGACGGCUGGAGCAGCUGCUGUUACCUGCUGCCUGUUCUGGACACUGUGCUGGUGAGGAGGUGCUGCAGGAGGAGAGGCUUCGGCCUUCAGAUGCUGGAGGAUUUCUGCUCCUCGUUCUCUACGGAGGAGUUUCUGGGAGUCAGCUCUCCAUUAUCCCCCAGCAUGGCUGCAGUGUUCAAAAGGUUCCUGCAGAAGCACCAGCAGUAUCGAGAGCGCCUGUACGAGGUGGAAGCUCCAGGGGGCUGGACUCAACGACGAAACAUCUGGCUUAACAUUCAGCUCGGACGCUACUGCCUCGGUACUGAUAAGGAGAGCAGCCCAAUAUCAGGAGAAACACAGAGAAAUACACUCAAGGACUCCUUUCACAAGACUUGUAUACUGGACCUGGGCACACUGGGAAGCCCUGGUGUAAACACUGCAGUGGUGUUGGACUCUGCUGAACAGCAAUUUAAAUCGUGUGAGCCAAGCCAAGGAAGAUGGUCCCUGAGCAGCGAGCUCCCUGGAACAGGAUGUAGCCUUGCAGCCCAAACUAUCCAUGUGAAAUCUGGACCUCCCACCCAGCUCCUAAACACAGCACAGGCUUUGAAAUCCAAGGCUUCCAAAUCUACAAAGCACCACAGAGAGGAACCAGAGGACAUGCAGAAAAUUCCCAAACGAGCCAGAAGUGAGUUGAAACAUGUACACACAAAGACUGCAUUCAGCAGCAGAGCCCACAGAGAAUGUUCGGAUACUUAACCGAAACCACAUCCACAUUCAUUUAGGUGACUUUGUAUUCUUUUCAUCAAAUCAAAGUGAAUUUUGAAUGAACAGCAGACUGCAUGUACCUAAAUAUGCACAAUAAACCUUUUCGUGUGUCUUUGUAGCAUCGCGUUUCUGUGUGGCUACUUUAUAGUGUUUGUGCUAAAUAAGAACCAUGGAACCACACAAGGAUGAUUAUUAUUGCACAUUAGAGUAUAGCAUAUGCAA